GCAUAGAAUCAAAAAAAAUUACUCAUACCUGGAGGUUCAUGCCCUGAAAAUACUUCCCCCACAUUACACGCGAUAUUAUUAUACGAUACACUCUAUAAAAAAAAUAUUUAAAAUUGUUUAAAAUUAUUUAAAAUUAUUUAGUAGCACCAGGAAAGAAGUGCAAAAUGAUAAAAAUCAGGAAAAAAUUCUGUUGCCUUAUUCUGUGAAAAUUUCAAUUACCCACUUGAAUUUUACAAACACUUUCCUAAUCAGUAAUUGAACUUGAGUUUCUUAAUUUUUACUGAAUAUUUCUCUUCACCUGUCGAUUUUUUUAUUAAUCUUUGCAAAUCUUCCCGUAAAUUCUGAAAUUUUUUUUCUUGACAACAUCGGACCAUUUCUCGUCGUCCACAACUGUUCCUCUCCAGUUGGCCUUUCACAACUGUCCGUCAAUGGCGACUUAGACUUCCAUUUGCAAUUUCUAGGAAAAUAAAGUAAUUUUUCUUCUCCAUUUUUUCACUGCAAUGAAGGUCUGGGUAUCAUGGGAAAUUAAGAGAGCGCAAGGUAUUAUUAUCAACACCUCUAGUUUGAAACAUUUAAGUUGCCCGAGCCCUCGGUACAUGUCAAUCAUUCUCCCUCGCAAUGUACAGUCGAUCGACAAUAACUGACCUUUGCGUGGGCCGUAUCAUUGCACUAAAGGAAAAUAAUUUUCUACUUUGCCACUUGUAACAUGACUUCGAACAAUAGGGGGAAGUUGCCUAUGAGGGUAAUAUAUUUUUUCUUAUCCUGCGCUGGCUUCGGAGUCGUUGAGACUGAAUAUGAUAGAAAAAUACUAAACAUUUCGCUGGGUGCAUUUCUACUGUUGAGUACUACUUCGAUAUAUUUCAGUGCGACCAAUUUCUAUCUCAAGUUCAAACGAGGAAUUAUGUCUGAUACCAUUGAGGCUUCGUUUCCUGUGAUGACAUCGUGUCUCACUCAUUUCAAACUCCUUCUAUUCACUUUUCAACGAACUCCGUACGAACGUCUAUUGUGGUUAACGAAUCAGACCCUGUGGGUAGAAUCCUUCACGGAAUAUGGAAAAAUCGUGUUAGAGAAGUGCGAACGUCGAGCUCAAAUAUUCCUGUUCGUUUUUGUUAUCCUCGGACAUGCCUCUGGGUUCGGCUGGAUAUUUGAGCCUUUAGUCCUCAAUAUGAGGAGCAAUCACACUCGUCAUUUACCUACUGAGGUGAUAGUGGGGGUUCCCCUCUUCGAAUCGCCAAAUUACGAAAUAUUUUUCGCUAUUAAUGUGCUGGGAAUCUACACAAUAACAAUCCUGUACUUCUGCUUCGAUUUUUACCUAGUUCUCGUGAAUAUAUUCGUCGUCGGUCAGUUUGCGAUUCUCCGAGAGAGAUUCGAGACAAUUUACUCAGUGAAGCCGGACAAAUCAGCGAUGAGAAAUCAUCAUGAGAACGAAAAAAUGAAUCAGAGACCACUUGCGACUGUGGAUUAUAAUUACAUUUUGCUAGAAUUAAAAAGCUGUGCAAAACAGCAUCAGUUUCUGAUCUCUGUCGUGAACGAGGUAGAGAACAUUCACAAUCUGAUGAACCUGGCGCAAGUGCUGAUGAUCAGCUUGAUCAUCUGCCUCGCAGGGUAUCCACUUCUCAUGCCUGGGAGUGCGAUUACAAUUAUCAAAAAUGGAGUAUUCAUUUGCAGUUGUCUUAUUCAACUAUUUACAUACACACUCUCGUGUCAUAAUAUAAUGAUCGCCAGUUCGGAACUUGCCCAUGGGAUAUAUUUUUCGAGAUGGUAUCAUGAGAAUCACACUGAGAUUGGGCGAUCACUGUCGAAGACCUUCAUCAUUGUCUUUCUGAAAACCCAGAGUCCGUGUUAUCUGACUGCAUGGAGAUUCUUCCCCAUCACAUUAGACACAUUAAAAUCGGUCACUAUUGGCUUACAGCGGUGUGGAUAUCACGACAAAAUAUCUGAGGCUAAAAAAAUUCAGCCGAAACACUAAAAACAAAAAUUUACACUUGCAAAAUGUCUACAACAAAAUAUCGAUUCUGACAACGGCUUUCUCGUACCUGACUUUGAUUCGACACAGUAUGCAGUAAUAGAUCAUUUAUCUGAAUCAGUGCUGUGGGAACUUGUGGAAGGCUCGUGGUUCCAAUAGAAGAUUA